AUGAUCUGGUAUUAUAAAGAUAUUGAGAAAGUUGCUGGUACUCAGCCUGUCUUUCAACCUCAGGAGAUUCCGGAAUACCAACCUCAAGCACCAAGACCGGUUGGUGAGCCUGUUGAGCAAUGGAUUAAUAGUGAUGCCUAUGCCGUUGAGCUUCCAAUCAGAAACUACUCUAUGAUAAUUCAUCCCCAAUGGCAACCACCAAUUGAGAAGCAAGAUGAAGAAAAGAAUCAGAAAUUGAGUAUCCUCCAUAAGAUUGGGAAAGUUAUCUGGAGACCAGCGGUUCUGGAUGGAAUUUUUGUCACAAUAUGCGCUAUUGGAAUUAUAUAUAUAAUAUUCAUGUUAUUCAAAUACGACAUUUAA